AUGUAUUCUGUUUCUGCUCAACUUGCUCUGUUUCUUCUUCUUCUUAACCUGCUUUGUUUCUUUCCUCCCACUCUUCCAAAACAUCUCCUCCUCCUCUUUCUUCUUCUUCUUCUUCUUCUUCUUCUUCUUCUUCUUCUUCUUCUUCUUUCACACCAAUUAUGUAUUUUUUUUUUUGCUCAACUUGCUCUAUUUCUUCUUCUUCACCUGCCUUAUUUAUCAUCCUUCCACCCCUGCAAAACCUCCUCCUCUUUCUAUCUAUCUAUCUAUCUAUCUAUCUAUCUAUCUAUCUAUCUAUCUAUUGAUCGGUCGAUCGAUAAAUCUGCCGGCCUAUAUAUAACAUCUAUCUAUGUAUCUAUGUAUCUAUGUAUCUAUGUAUCUAUCUAUCUAUCUAUGCGUGAUAUGUCUUGGCAAACGUCAAUCAUUUCGAAAAAUACUGCUUAUCGAAUGAUAUCUCCUAUUGCUUCCAGGCCACCACGUGCUAAAUUUGACGCGUAG